AUGCUGCGAUCAAGCAUUUGCUUAGUGAGGAAGAUGUUCCUGCCAUUCUAUUCCAAGGAGCGCGGUCCACCCAAAAUCCGUCAGCAAGUGGUGGGAACGAGGGGGCGAAGGUUCUUCAAACUGGUGGCAUGCAACCAGCGAGAUCCGCAAAAUGGUAAGCACAUGGAGGUUUUGGGCAGCUAUGCCCCCAAGGUAAAAUCCAACAUCAAGGAGAUCCGCCUGCGCUUCUCCAGAGUCAAGUUCUGGAUUGGUGUGGGUGCGCAGUUCAAUCCAGGAACGAGGCAGUUGCUGGCUUUGGCUGGGCUGAUUCCAACUCCACCGCCACUUUUCGGACAUCGGACCAAAGGCCACUACAAAGAGCUGCAGAAGGUUCUGGACCUGAGACAGGAAGCGCAUGAGGCCGCGGUGCAGGAAUACCAUAAGCAUUCCGGUGUCAAGGGCAUCCACGCGGCAGCCUCGAACUGCACAAAUUGGGAUCACGACAUUGCGGUAGGGAGUUUCAGUGAUGUCGGAAACUUUCCUGCCUGGCUGCCACCCUUGUGCGGAGGUCCGUUGAGAGCCUCCAGCUAA